AUGUUUGGCACGAGCACUGGAGGGAUCAUCGCGAUUAUGCUCGGUCGGCUUCGUAUGAGCAUAAAAGACUGUAUCAGCACUUACUCCAGUUUGGGCGGCGAAGUUUUCGGGAAGAAGCAGCCGUUCUAUCUCCUGGGUCAGAACAAGUAUGAUUGUACGAAACUCGAGCGGAUCAUCCGAGACGUCGCGAAAAGCAAUAGCAGAAACCCUAAGAAUGAUCCCUUGAUGGCGGACACAAGCGUGCUGAACAGAUCUCAUCAGCCCAGGGAGCAAAGAGUACAGAAUCGAUGCAUACCAUGUCGCGUUGGCGUGUUUGCGGUGCAAAGCGAUGCGGAUAUGAAAGUACACAUGUUUCGAUCAUAUUUCAACCGAACGCCUCCAAGUGCUAAUGCACUGGACGACCUCACGAUCAGCCUGCACCGACAACCACGCGACAUUCCCAUCUGGAAAAUAGCACGUGCUACGUCCGCGGCUCCCAGUUACUUCAAAUCAAUGAAAGUAGACGGUCUCAGGUUGAUGGAUGGUGGUUUGUUGGCGAACAACCCGAGCCAACUGGCCAGAAAUGAGGUGAUUUCUAUGCAUCGAUAUCACCCAUCCGGAAGCUGCAAACCACCAACUGGAGAAACAUCUGGGAACGGCGCGGACGGCAUACGCUUCUUGGUCUCUCUCGGCACAGGCAAGCAAGCUAAUCAGCAUAUCACCAGAAAUCUUCUGAGCGUUGUCAAAUUCGCAUUGAAGCAGAUGACUAACCCCGAAGUCGUACACAAGAACCUGCAAGAUUCCCUUGACCCCAGGAUGUAUUACCGAUUCAACGUCGAAGAGGGCCUCAAGAAGAUGAACCUUGAUGAAUGGAUCGUAAAGGGCGAAAAUAAUGUUACUCUCAGCAAGAUGAAAGACGCAGUCAGCGAUUAUUUCGACGAUGGUGUUGUCAGAGAUCGUGCGAGAGCUCUUGCUAGAGAGCUUGUCGAGCAUCGCCGAGCGAGACGCAUCCCUGGUCAUGAGUGGUUCCGCAACCUUACAGUAUCCUCCGGUCUGCCGCCAAGUCCGAUCGAUGACAGAUACAGGAGCGAAGAUAAUGGUUUACCCAACGGAAUUACGAACGGUAUUCCCAGUGGAGAUCGAAGAGUUUCGCUGCCUGAGCCACUACACGGAGCCGUGGAAUUGCACACACCGGUGCCAGAAAGUCUGACAGGUCGGAUGACACCCGAGCUUGCCCCCGGAAGCCCGAUACAAAACUCCACACAGAGUCUCCCCACGAGUCCAACAACUAGGCCCUACGACUCAGCCAUGCCUUUACAAGGAGAGUGGAGUGGAUCAAGCCCACAAGCCUGA